CAAAUGAGUAAAUACAAACUAGUAAGUGGGCUUAUCGAGCUUAUAGUACAUCGGACCAUGUUUCCCUUAACCUGUCGCAGAGCUUUCAAUGGCCCUCGAGGCCACUCGACGCUACAGUCUCUGAUGAAAGCACCUUUGAUCGCCUCUCAUUCCCAUACCGGUACACAGUACAGGAACUCAGAACCUUCAAACAAUAAUGGAACAAGCACACACCUUCAGCGACGAUAUUAUCGAUGCAUACACAAUGUACCUCUGGAAGAACCUCGUACAUACCUGAAAAGCGUGGUUCGAUACCAACGACCCAAAUUCCACACGCUUGCUCAUAUGCAACGUCAAUCAGACGCCCCAAACUCCUCAAAUAGCGAUUCACUGCAUACUGUGAGUUCGGUGCAUUCACAAGGAGCGUCACGGGAAAGCGAACACGCCACCUUAAGCGAAAAGAGUAGUAUCACACAGAAUGAUACUACAGAAGGAACUCAAGAUCUACACACGGGCGAAGAUUAUGUUAAGCCUAAAAGAGCCAAGAAGCCGAAAAAGGAAAAGAGACCCAAAUGGGAAGAUACGGUGAUAGUCAUGGAGGUGGACGAAGUUGACUUCGAAGAGCAGUUCGUAAAGGGAAACGGUCCAGGCGGGCAAAAGAUUAAUAAGACGAAUAGUCAAGUUGUGCUCAAGCACAUCCCCACGGGGGUAGUCGUUCAUUGUCAGAUGGGCCGAUCGCAAGCACAGAAUCGCAAGGAAGCAAGAAAACUAUUGGCACUAAAGGUCACCCAGCACAUACACGGGAUCGACCCUAAGGCCCAGAAGAAAAUGGACAAACUGAAAAAGAGGAAAGCGGACAAACUAUACAAGCAGGCCAAGAAGAAGCGGUUGAGCGCAGAAGCGUCAAAGAGUGCAGAAACCCAACCAAGCGAAGGCAGCUGAUGCCAGGAUGAUGAGCGAGUCUCACAAUGAAUGACAACCAUACGUCAAUGAUGCACUGGUGUCUAGUGUUUACAAUAACAAGGCGUGGGCCUCGUAAGUGAUAAUGGUUUCAUGCGUGUACAUGACACAGCUAUGAAUCGAUUGUGUAGCCGCACUGCGAGACGAUAUGGCUGUAUAUUACGUUUUAGCAUCACUACCGAAUUAUCAUGUGGAUGUAAAGCAUGUUUAUACCAUUUAGCAAGCGAAGCAUCAACUGCAAGGCAUGAUUAUCGAAAGGAAUCAUACAAGUGAGUAUUUUAACAUCGCUUUAAUACUUGUGGAAUGAUAAUCAGCAAUCCCGUACAAAAGUGAGUUUACAAAGCAGCUCUAAUCUAUAUUUCGGGAUGAAUUUGACUAACAAUUCCUACUGGUCAAAAGAGGCUAAAUUUUUCACUGAAAGCAAGUUUCAUAGAAGCGUUGCUACUUGCAGUGUCUGAGAGGUCGGACAGAGUGGCUUGCUUACCGGAGAACAAGAACACGAGAGGUUCCGGUCCUCCACUUUAAUAUGGACCAAAGUAUGGAAUCGGACACUGCCGGCGAUUUGGGCAGCGAUACUCGGGUUUCAAUCCGUGCUUAGUCUAGUAUUAAUUGAGAUCUAUAUAGCCAACUGACAACUGUACUUUAAAAUGUGGGACAUGAGUAAGGUAGAUAGACAGCUGGAUUUGCAUGGUGCAAUGCAUCGCACCUGGGAGAUGAGAGUAUACAGACUACAGGACGCGUCGGUAUAUGCUGAGAAUAAGAUAGAUGUAAAGGAAAACGAAGGUUAUGCAAAACUCUUGGUAAAUAAACAUACGUGCUCAUGACAGGAAAGUGCUGCAUGAAUAAAUUGGCGAGAAAGCAUAAAUCUAUGGACAUUGCAUAUUCUUAUAAGACAUACUUGUUCACAUAUACUAGAUUAUCGAUACAUGGAUCGAAGUAUUAAUAUAUUGCGCAUGUUUCUCACAUGGUCACACAAUAUCAAGUCCAUAGUGUUUGCACGAUUAAUAGCACAUAUAUGAUAGGAUUCUACAUUUAUUAUCUAUGCAUGUAUAUUCAAUGUAAUGCACUUGGGGGUUGGAGCUGCGAUUAUAAUAUUUACAACCAACUAACAUACAAACAAGGAGGAAAUAUAAAACAUUCCUAUUGAAGGCAACACACAGAUUAUUAACCUACAUGAGGGAUAUAUCAUAUACAUGUUAAAAGACGAACAAUCAUGAAGGGUCAGCACACUAUGUAGAAACACAACCAUCGAUAUCUAGCAAUGAAAUUGCAACGUGAAGAAAGCUAGCCACACCUCAAACAACACAUUCUAUUUAUGUGCAAUACGAGACUACAAAAUUCGAUUUAUGUGCAAUACAAGACUACAAAAUCG